AUGACUUCUCCCACCUCCCAACCCCAAGCAGACACCCUAAUCCGCGCCGGCACAAUCGAAACACUCCACCCGGGUAUGCCAUCACAACGCUCCAUAGCCCUCCUCUCCGGCCGCAUCGUCGCUGUCUCCGAGGACCCAGCAGGCUUAGACGACUUCAUCGGCAGCGAGACCCAGAUCAUCGACGUACCAGACUCCACCGUCCUCCCCGCAUUUACAGAUACGCAUACACAUCUGAUUCUCGCUGGUCUCACCUACUUCGACGUCCCAGUGCACGACGUCAAGAACCUAGAUGAGCUAUUCGCGAGUUUGAAGAAGCGGGCGAGCGAGACGAAAGAGGGCGAAUGGAUUUGUACGGCGACGGAUUGGUUGGAGUACAACAUCGAAGAGCAGAGGUUGCCUACGCUCAAGGAACUCGAUGCUGUGUCCACUAAGCACCCCAUCAUGGUUAUGCGAGGUGGUCACAACGUAGUAGUCAACUCAGUCAUUACAAAACUACUGAACAUAACCUCCUCCACCCCCUCCCCACCCGGCGGUCUCAUCGGAAAAGAAGCAGACGGAAGUCUAUCCGGUCUCUUCCAAGACUCAGCCACCAUCCCCGUCCUCAAACUAAAGCCAUCCACAACCCUUGCAGAAAGAGUCGCAGGACUAGAAGCCGCAAGCCGUGCGUACGCCGCCACAGGAACAGCCUGCGUCCGCGACUGCUACGUCCCGCUCGCCGACCUAGACGCCCUCGUCGCUACCCACGCAGCCAGCAAACUUCACGUGCGCGUACAUGCCCUUAUACCCGCCGUAGGCAUGACAUCCGCAGAGCAGGUCGAGGGCUUGCUUGAUAAGAUGGAAUCAUACCGCCACUUCCAAACCUCGCCCUACCUCUCCGUCUGGGGCGUGAAAUUCAUGGUCGACGGCGGCAUGGAAGCAGGCGCCGUCUCCGAACCUUUCCUCGAGAUACCACCCGGUCGCGAAAAAGACGCAGACUGCAAUUGCUGCGGACUACCCUCCUACCACGGGAUGCUCACGUGGGAGAAACCCGCUCUCGUAGAAGCCAUGACCGCUGUUGUCCGGCGUGGAUGGAAAAUAGGAACACACGCGUAUGGGGAUCGUGCUGUGGAACUCGUCUUGGAUGUAUACGAGGAACUCAUGCACUGCUUUCCCUACCUACAACCUGGAACACUAGUCAUGGAACACGGAGGCCUAGUCUCACCAAGCGAACAGAUCCGAGCCGUGAAGCUCGGCAUCGCUACAACCAUCCAACAUCCGCUUCUCCAUAACGCGGCGGGGGUCCAAGAGGUAUACUGGGGCCGCGACCGCGUAUCUCGCACCUUCCCCGCUCGUACGUGGCUGGAUGCUGGUGCGCUGAUUGCGGGCGGGAGCGACUAUCCUGUUGGUAGUUUUGCGGCUAUGCGGUCGGUUUGGGGGAUGGCGAGUCGCGAGACUGUGAAUGGUGUGAGGGGGGUUGAGCAUGCGAUUACAGUGGGUGAGGCGGUUGCGUUGCAUACGACUAAAGCUGCAGAACUGCUAAGAGAGGAGGGGGAGAGGGGACGGCUUUUACCGGGGUUUGUGGCGGAUUUGGCGGUUUGGGGGGUUAAUCCGCUGGAGGUGGGGGAUUUGGGGGUGUUGAGGGAUUUGUUGCCUAGUCAUAUCUCAGUCGGAAAGAAGAUUACAGCGGUUUAG